GAUCACCGGCACACCGGUCACAGCAGCAUAAGAAUGGUUCAAUCGCGCAGUCGCACCUCGAUUGCGUUCGAGAUCAACGAACCGUGGUGGAUCCGUGCUUCAAGGAAUAUAGGUCUAAACGUGGAUUUCUGCUGCGCAAGUACACUUAACAAAGCCAUAUUGGAAGCCAAUGAGGCUGACCUCAAGCAGCUUGACAGAGCUCUCUAGCGCUCUCCCGCGACGAUGAAGCAUCAGCUCGUAUUCCCAGUUCACAUAAUGUUUGUACACAGCCCUGUCAACGGGCGAACCUCGAACCUCGUCUCCCCUGUCCUGUCGGAGUGCUUAGCGCACAAGAUCCUUGGAAUACAGCAAGGCCUGGUUGGUCAGCGCAUCGCAGAAGCCCUAGGGCUAGGGCUUGCUGGGCCUAUGGAGAAUACUGCCAAACUGAGAGCUCCUGCAAAGGGCAAGAAAUUGUGGACCAUAUGUAAAGCCUUCCGUCGAAAGAAGAUCCCAAAUAGCAAGCGGCUGGAAAGUCAAAUCGAGCAUCCCUACCGGUGUCAACCACGCAGGGGUGCUCUCCCAAGGCUCCACGAUUCGAGCACUAUCCUUGAUGGAUGGUCCGUCAACCUUUCCUCGCAAUCUUGUACAGAUGUGUAUGUAUGCAUCUCGUUUCCGAACCGAGCUGGGUCGAUGCAGCCGUGACCACAUGGGCGCUGCCAACACCGGGCGUUGACUUCUGGUCAUAACCAAGCAUUCCUCAGCCGCAUCGGUGAGCAUGCAAUGUCACAUGCAUAUUCUCACAGGUGGGG